AUGGCUCAAAAGUGGUAUUUUAGCAAAGAAGAGUUGAAGAAUUCUCCGAGUUUCAAAGAUGGUGUAAGUACUGAAAAAGAACUGGACCACAAACAACAAGCUGCUUACUUGAUUAAUGAUUUGGGCAAGCGGCUAAAAUUGUCGGAAGUCUGUACGCAUACAGCUACAGUGUACAUGCACCGUUUUUACACUCAACAUUCAUUGUCGAAAUUUCAUCGUUAUGAAAUGGCAAUGACGGCAAUUUUCGUGGCGGCAAAGGUUCAAGAAGAGCCACAAAAAUUGAAAGACGUUAUCAAUGCUUUUUAUCGCUGCUUGAAAAAAGACAUGAACUAUCAACUGGACACCACUGCUGCCGAGUACCAGGAUCAUGUCAAGACUAUAAUAUUAAAUGAACGCAUCCUUUUAGCCACAUUAGGAUUCAGGAUGGGAGUGAAUCAUCCACAUAAGUAUAUUAUGAAAUUCUGCCAAGAAAUCAACGCGUGUAAAGAACUAUGUAAGAUUUUUCUGCAGGUGGCGACCAACACCUUGCAGAUGACGUCAAUGUGCGUCAAAUACAAACCGGCAGUCGUGGCGGCGUUUUGCAUAUAUUUAACUAUUCGAUCCUCGCAAUGGAAAAUUCCAGAAGUCUUGGAUGGAAAUCCUUGGUUUUGGUUGCUGGAUCGGAAAGUGACGUUUGAUCUGCUGAUUAAGAUGGACAGGGAGUUCAAGGAAAUAUUAAAUAAAAUUUCACCUAGAAUAAAAAACCGGGUGAUGCGUUUAUUUAAAAAUCCAACUGGCCAAUUGAUUUUAAUGAAUCGAAAAGAGAGAUGCUCCAGUUCAUCGGAUCAGGAGAAUGUUUCGGCUAAAGCUGAAAUUAGGAAGUCAAGUAGACGAAAGAUCAGCUAUCACGAGUAUCUUGACAGACUGACGAAGAAAAAAUCUGCUAAUUCAGAUGGGUCGUCGGUAUCUUCACCUGAAGCUGAAGAAAUACAAGAUAAUUCUGUGGGAAGUACGAGUAGUCAACUUAUGCCUGUAACUACAGCAGAUGUGGAAGUAAGAAUUGGAGCUAUCGGAAACUACAGCUAUAAACGUAAACAUGAUGAUGAUACGGGCAGUAUUUUUGUUCCUGUUAAAAAACGUAAGUUGUCAUAG